AUGAGCUGUAGAACUUAUGGGAGACAGAUCAGGGACCAGAGACAGGUCAGGGACCAGGGACACAGCAGGGACCAGAGACAGGUCAGGGACCAGGGACACAGCAGGGACCAGAGACAGGUCAGGGACCAGGGACACAGCAGGGACCAGAGACAGGUCAGGGACCAGGGACACAGCAGGGACCAGAGACAGCUCAGGGACCAGAGACAGGUCAGGGACCAGGGACACAGCAGGGACCAGAGACAGAUCAGGGACCAGAGACAGGUCAGGGACCAGAGACAGGUCAGGGACCAGAGACAGGUCAGGGACCAGGGACACAGCAGGGACCAGAGACAGAUCAGGGACCAGAGGACAGCUGUCCACGCUGCCUUCAGGUCAACGACUGACCACAUCUCCAAGGUUCAGUUUUCCACCGCAGCUCCAGUCACCGGAACGCAGCAGCUGACCGGCGGAGGACCCGGAGUCCGCACCGGAAGCGCCGUCAGGCUGCGAUGGCCCGUGUUCUGGGUCGCUCCUAGCUCCGACCCUCCGCCCCGCGACCCGCCUGCACCCCGCCUCGGGACACCAUGGCCGAGGAGGCCGGGGACCCGGCCCUGCACGGACCAACAUGACGAGGUGCUCCAGCAGCGAGUGGCGGCUCUGGAGCAGGAGAGGGCCGAGUUCAUCAGACUGAAGCAGCAGCUGGAGGCCGAGUUCAACCAGAAGCGAGCCAAGUUCAAGGAGCUGUACCUGUCCAAGGAAGAGGAGCUGAAGAGGCAGACGUCGGCCCUGGAGGCCGCCCAGUCGGAGCUGGUCUCGGUCCAGGACCAGCUGGCCCAGGCCCGGGCCGAGAUGGAGACCAUCAAGGCGGUGGCCACGGUGUCGGAGAGCACCAAGCAGGAGGCCAUCGACGCCGUGCGCAGCCAGUGGCAGGAGGAGGUGGCGUCGCUGCAGGCCAUCAUGAAAGACACGGUGUGCGAGUACGAGGUCCAGUUCCACCAGCGCCUGGAGCAGGAGCGGGCCCAGUGGAACCAGUACCGCGACGGCGCGGAGCGCGAGAUGGGCGAGCUGCGGCGGCGGCUGAGCGAGGGCCAGGAGGAGGAGAACCUGGAGGACGAGAUGAAGAAGGCCCAGGAGGACGCCGAGAAGCUGCGCUCCGUGGUGAUGCCCAUGGAGCAGGAGAUCUGCCUGAAGGCCAGGCUGGCCUCCGCCAAGGACCGGGUCCGCGAGCUGGAGGCCUCCAAGGUGAAGGAGCUGAACCACGUCCUGGAGGCCGAGAAGUCGUGCCGCACCGACCUGGAGAUGUACGUGGCCGUGCUGAAUACCCAGAAGUCAGUGCUGCAGGAGGACGCCGAGAAGCUCCGGAGAGAGCUCCACGAAGUGUGCCAUAAGCUGGAGCUGGAGCGGCAGCAGCACAACCAGCUGAAGCAGACCUGGCAGCGAGCCAACGACCAGUUCCUGGAGUCGCAGCGUCUCCUGAUGAGGGACAUGCAGAGGAUGGAGAGCGUCCUGUCCUCCGAGCAGCGGCGGCAGGUGGAGGAGCAGAAGAGGAAGGACCAGGAGGAGGAGGAGCAGGAGGUUCUGGUCCAGGUGAAGGAGGUUCGGGAGGAGGAGGGGGAGGGCCCGUCGGAGCCCCCGGAGCCCCUGGAGGACCGGGUCCUGGGCCUGGAGGACCAGCCCGGCUCGGCCCACGGCGGCUCCCUGCGCUCGCUGGAUGCCGAGGGGGGGCCCGGCGGGCCGGGGGACCCCCAGCGGGACGGCCUGCGCCGGGUCCAGUCCACCGACAGCCUGGGGGCCGCGGCCGGGGCCCCGCAGGGCCUGGGGGGCCCCGGCCACAAGGCCCGGUCGGCCGGGCACCUGGAGGAGUCUGGACUUCGGGCCGCUGGUGGGGCCGAGGCGGCGGACCCCGCCCGGCCCACGGCCGGACCCUUCCUGCUGACCCUGGACCAGGAGAAGGCCAUCAAGGCCAUGACCCCGGAGCAGGAGGAGACCGCCUCGCUGCUGUCCAGCAUCUCGCUCGCCGCCGCCGACGCCGCCUUCCUGCCGCCCGCCGGGUACCGCCUGGUCAGCGACAGCGAGUGGAACCUGCUGCAGCAGGAGGUGAAGAACGCCGGCAGGAAGCUGGGCCGGCGCUGCGACAUGUGCUCCAACUACGAGAAGCAGCUGCAGGUGAUCCAGGGCCAGGAGGCGGAGACCCGGGACCAGGUGAAGAAGCUGCAGGUGAUGCUGCGGCAGGCCAACGACGAGCUGGAGAGGACCGCCGCCGAGAAGCUGGCGCUGGAGGACUCCGUCCGGGCCGGGAGCCAGGAGACCGCCGCCAAAGUGGCGGCGCUGGUCCAGAGAGUCCAGGACUCUGAGACGCUGCUGGGAACCCUGCAGCAGGCCUUCAGCGACGCCAAGAGGAGCACCCAGGACCAGAUGGCGGUGCUGCUGCGGUCCCGGGAGACGGUGGCGGACGAGCUGAGCCGGCUGCAGCGGGACAACGAGAGCCUGCAGGGGAAGCGGCGGCUGCACGCCGAGCUGCAGCAGCAGGAGGACUUCCUGAUGCCCGGCACGGCGGCGGAGCUGCAGGGCCUGGUGGUCCGCCUGCGGGAGGACCUGGUUUCCUCGCGGACCUCGGCGGACCACAUGGAGGAGAAGCUGAAGGCGGAGAUCCUGUUCCUGAAGGAGCAGAUCCAGGCCGAGCAGUGCCUGAAGGAGAACCUGGAGGAGACGCUGCAGCUGGAGAUCGAGGGCUGCAAGGACGAGAUCGCCUCGCUGUCCAGCCUGAAGACGGAGCUGGAGCGAAUAAAGAUGGAGAGACAGCAGCUGCAGAGCCGUCUGACGGAGCGGACCGAAGCUCUGGAGAGCGUCCAGGACCUGAAGGUCAGCCUGGAGCAGCAGCUGAAGGAGCUGAGCACUGCAAAGGCUGCCCUGGACACUCAGGUGCUGGAGGAGCGGGACAAGGCCCAGCGGCUGCAGACGGAGCUGGACGUCAGCGAACAGGUUCAGAAGGACUUCGUCAAACUGUCUCAGACGCUUCAGGUCCAGCUGGAGCGGAUACGGCAGGCGGACUCGUUGGACCGGAUCCGGGUCAUCCUUAACGACACCAAUUUGACUGACAUCAACCAGCUUCCAGAGACAUGAUGGUCCUGGAUGAGGACUGGCUCCAGACCGCUGUCCCCGCCCCCUGCCCCGCCCCCCCAACACCACCUCCCCCCCCAAUAACAUUAUUAUCCCCCCCCCCCCCCCCCCCCCCCCCCCGGACGGCAUGGAGGACUUCUGGACUUUUCUGUACAUUACUAAGUUUAGGGAGAGAAUAUUGAAGAACACUACUGCUUCAGAGAGAUGUACAGAACCUAAUGGACCGCUGGCCUGGAGGGUCCGUCUGCUGGGAUCCGUCUGCAGGGAUCCGUCUGCAGGGAUCCGUCUGCAGGGAUCCGUCUGCAGGGAUCCGUCUGCAGAGGAUCCAUCUGCAGGGAUCCGUCUGCAGGGAUCCGUCUGCAGGGAUCCGUCUGCAGGGAUCCGUCUGCAGGGAUCCGUCUGCCGGGAUCCGUCUGCCGGGAUCCGUCUGCAGAGGAUCCAUCUGCAGAGGAUCCAUCUGCAGGGAUCCGUCCGCAGAGGAUCCAUCUGCAGGGAUCCGUCUGCAGGGAUCCGUCUGCCGGGAUCCGUCUGCCGGGAUCCAUCUGCAGAGGAUCCAUCUGCAGGGAUCCGUCCGCAGAGGAUCCAUCUGCAGGGAUCCGUCUGCCGGGAUCCGUCUGCAGAGGAUCCAUCUGCAGAGGAUCCAUCUGCAGGGAUCCGUCCGCAGAGGAUCCAUCUGCAGGGAUCCGUCCGCAGGGAUCCGUCUGCAGGGAUCUGUCUGCAGAGGAUCCAUCUGCAGGGAUCCAUCUGCAGAGGAUCCAUCUGCAGGGAUCCGUCCGCAGGGAUCCGUCUGCAGAGGAUCCGUCUGCAGGGAUCCGUCUGCAGAGGAUCCGUCUGCAGAGGAUCCAUCUGCAGGGAUCCGUCUGCCGGGAUCCGUCUGCAGAGGAUCUGUCUGCAGGGAUCCACCUGCAGGGAUCCGUCUGCAGGGAUCCGUCUGCGUCUGUUUCUACUGUAGAUAAAGACCGUCUGUAUUAGCUCUACCAAAAAAAAAAAGAAAAAAAAAAGGGUUUGUCUUCUGAUGCGCUCUCCACCUGCUGCUCUCUCC